AAAACAAUUUAUCUCAUUAUUCUCUGGUUAUUUCAUUUCUUCUCUACAGUUCUUAACCCCUUUCAAAACCCUAGUCCCAAACCUGCCAUUCUCCCAUAUUCAUCAAAUGGCAUCAAGAAGAUUCCUUUUCUCAAAUUUGAAAAGAGCCCAGAAUUACACAGCAAAUGCAAUGUUGACUCAGAGGUAUAAUUACAACAAAGCAAGAUCAACGGCAAAAAAUAGCCUCUAUUCAAUAAUUAGUCCACUUGGUGAUCCGCAUAACAGUAUGAUUCCAGUUCUUGAUAAGUGGGUUCAAGAAGGAAACAAGAUUAAAGAAUCGGAACUUCAGAAAAUUGUCCGAGACCUUCGCGCCCGGAGACGCUAUACUCACUCUCUUGAGGUUUCUGAAUGGUUCAGCAAGAGGGAACAGAGUGCAUUUUCGGCAGCUAAUCGCGCUGUGCAGUUGGAUCUGAUUGGUAGAAUUCGUGGGAUGGAAUCUGCAGAGAGUUACUUCCAAAACUUGGAUGAUCAAGAUAAAAAUGUCAAAACCUAUGGUGCUCUUCUUAAUUGUUAUGUCAGAGAAGGUCUCAUUGACAAGUCGGUUGAGCAUAUGCAGAAGAUGAAGGAACUGGGUUUUGCUUCCUCUUCUCUCAACUAUAAUGAUCUCAUGUGUCUCUAUACAAACACUGGCCAGCUAGAAAAAGUUGCGGACGUUUUUUCCGAGAUGAAGGAGAAUGGCAUCUUCCCUGACCUUUUCAGUUACAGAAUUUGCAUGAACUCUUAUGCAGGGAGAUCUGAUCUUAAGGGUGUUGAGAAUAUUCUAGAAGAAAUUGAGAACCAACCUCACAUCUCUAUUGAUUGGCUUACUUAUUCCACAAUUGUGAAUAUCUAUGUAAAAGCAGGUUUAAAAGAGAAGGCUCUUAUGUACCUGAAGAAAUGUGAAGAGAAAGUGAAUAAAGAUGCACUUGGCUACGGUCAUUUGAUUUCACUUUAUGCAAGUCUCGGGAUUAAAGAGGAGAUGAUGAGACUAUGGAGCCAAGCGAAAGUCAAUUGUAAGAAGCAAGUCAAUAGAGAUUAUAUAACUAUUCUGGGUUGUUUAGUCAAGCUUGGGGAGUUUGAAGAAGCUGAGAAAUUGCUAAAAGAAUGGGAGUCAUCCUGCCAAUAUUUUGAUUUCCGAGUCCCAAAUGUUCUCCUUAUCGGAUAUUGUAAGCAAGGGUUGAUUGAAAAGGCUGAAGCAAAGCUUAAAGGUAUCGUGAAGAAACAUAAGACUGCAACUCCUAAUAGUUGGGCUAUCAUUGCUGCAGGACACAUAAAUAAGCAGAAUAUGGAAAAAGCUGUCGAGUGCAUCAAGGAAGCUCUGACCGUUCAGGAAGAAAAUAAAGGUUGGAGGCCGAAACCAACCGUAGUCUCGAGCAUAUUGAGCUGGCUUGGCGAUAAUGGAAAUGUCAAAGAUGUAGAUGAGUUCGUAAGCUUAUUACAGACUAAGGUGCCAAAAGAUCGAGAUAUGUAUUAUACCCUAAUCAAGACAUAUAUCAGAAAUGGGAAAGAGGUCGAUGGAGUUUUGGUGAGCAUGAAAGCAGAUAAAAUUGACGAGGAUGACGAAAUAAAAACAAUUCUUAGCUCCGGAAGGCGAAAUGUUGAAUGAUUCAAUCGAUUCUUGAUUUGUAAUAGGUUUAGUAUUCUUAACUUUACUAGAUUGACCUGAAAGUUUUUCCUACAUCCAAUGUGCUUGUUCUGAUUUAUCCUAGCAAUCGAAAGCUCUUCAAAUCAAAAACUUGGGCUACCAUUUAUUUA